AUGGAGAAGAAGGAUCCUCAUCAAUCGACAGAAAUGCGAGCUACAGACCUGAAGGCUAUGGUCGAGAAUCAUUCCUUCAGUGAAGGAAAAGAUAUUGAUUUAGGCCGGAUCCUCGAGGUCGAAACCACGCCGCGUAUAGAACGAAAAGUCCUGUGGAAAAUUGAUUGGAUUAUGAUACCAUUGAUGGGGCUCUGCUAUAUGCUGCAAUACAUGGACAAACUAGCACUAAGCCAGACGGCAUUAUUCAAUAUUCGUGCAGAUUUGGGUCUUCAUGGUAUGCAAUACUCGUGGGCCUCAGCCAUUUUCUACUUUGGGUAUCUUGUCUGGAGCUGGCCAACCGCGUACAUGAUUGUCCGUUUCCCAAUAGGGAAGUAUCUAUCUAUAUCAGUAUUCCUUUGGGGUGGAAUCCUCAUGUGUCAUGCAGCAUGCAAGAACUUUGGCGGUUUGAUGGCUGCUAGGUUCUUUCUUGGCGUUGGAGAAGCUGCUAUCGCCCCGGGAUUUGCCUUGAUUACCGGCAUGUUCUAUAAAAGAGAAGAACAACCUCUUCGACAAGCGGCCUGGUUUAUCGGAAAUUGUGUCGCAAACACUGUUGGUGGUAUCGUCGGCUAUGGAAUCGGCCACAUCGACCGCACUAGCUUAUCCUCAUGGCAAUUAAUAUUUCUUAUUCUUGGAGCAGUCACAUCUGGCUAUGCGGUGAUUAUGUUUUUCUUCCUGCCCGACUCCCCAGCCAAUGCCAUCUUCUUGAAGAAGCACGAACGCGCCAUUGCCCUACAGAGGACAUUGGCAAACAAGACAGGGAUACUGGAUGCGGGAAAAUUCCAGAAGAGUCACGUAUGGCUUGCUCUAAAGGACCCACAGGCAUGGUUAUUAGUGGUGUAUACCUUUUGUGUGAAUCUGUGCAAUGGCGGUAUCACUACAUUUUCUGUUAUUCUCGUCGAAGGGUUUGGCUACUCUACCUUCAAGGUUUUACUCAUAUCAAUGCCUUCUGGUGCUGCUCAGCUUAUAUUCCUCCUGCUCACGUCCACUUUUGCCACUUUUUUUCGUUCUUUUCGCAUCAUCAUGAUGAUAGUCAAUUGUCUCGUCGCUAUGGUGGGGUACUUACUCAUCUAUAAGCUAGACGAGGAUGCUAGAGUUGCAAAAAUGGCCGGUUUGUGUCUCGGUGCUGUUUUCGCAGCCAACAUUCCUCUCUCUCUGAGCUUGAUUACUUCAAAUGUCGCUGGUAUGACGAAGAAGAGUGUCGUUAGUGCGAUGCUAUUCAUCGCAUAUUGUGUGGGUAACAUUGUAGGACCACAAUUUUAUUUGGCUUCCGAAGAGCCUAUUUACCAGACUGGGAUUCGUUCCGCCAUUUCCGGCCUCGCUCUAGGUAUCAUAGCCUUGCUAAGUUUAUACACGUACUAUACUCGGGAGAAUCGACGAAGGGAUAGAAUAUAUGGCUCGCCUGAUGCACUGACGGUUGAUCAGGAGUUGCAAUUUGAAUUAUUAAAUGUGACGGACAAAGAGAACGAAAGCUUUAGAUAUCUUCUUUAA